GGGAGAGAGGAUUUAAGGAGUUGAUAGGGAUAAAAACACGAAAGAGGGGAAGAAAUGGAGGCAAAAACAUUACAGCUGCUAUCAAGUUUCAGUAAUUCGUGGGCAUCGCCCGUUUCGAGAUUUCCGACCGCUUUCCCAACACACUCUUGUUUGAAGCUUAUACAGAGAUGCAAGAAGAUAGAAGAGCAGGACUACUUAGCUGGCCUUCCAAAAGAAUACUACGAUGAUGAAUGGCAAGCGAGGCAGCGGGAAAAGACCAAGGAGUUUCAGAAGAGGCGGGCAGAGGAGGAUGAGGAAGAAGAGAGAAAGGUUGAUGAAUACCGCGAAAUCGGCUUGCGCCUCAAGAAUUAUCGCGACGAAGACCUUCGAAAAGCCAAGAAAUUGGUUUCCAGCUUCAUAAGAUCUGCUGAAGAGGUCGAAGAGAGAAUUGUGGAAGCUGCUGAGAAAGGUGAACUCACUGAACUGGUUCUUUUGGUCAUAUGGAAUCGCCUUGAUCUUGCUCGACGUGAUGAAGAAAAAGAUGCGAUUAGAAGUCUUGAUCUGUUGUACAGGAGGGUAGAGUGUGAGAUGUUGGCGCGGGAGGCGAGUCCAGCGAUGAGAUUGCUGAACGAGAUGUUGAAUAUGCACGACGGAUUUGAUGAGGAUGGGUGGCUCAAGGCAUGCAAGAAGCUCAUGAUGGAAACAUUUCCUAGAGAGGAUCCUUUCAGCAUCCUCGUACCUGCUGGAUUCGACAUUCAUAAGCAUCACGGCCCAAUGAGGCCCGGCAUUGAGGCCGAUGAUGUUCUCCUGAGGGUCGAUUUCGUGAGAGAAGUGGAUGCGUUUCUGCAGGAGGUGCGAUCGCAGCAAGAAGAAGCCAUGAAUACGCGAGCUCUGGAUCCGGAAUCAGUUGGAAGCAGGUUGAAAUGGCAGGAGAAACAACGAGCUGUUAAUCAAGUCUUAGCUCUUUUGGAGCUCGCCGUUAAUUUGACAUGCUAGUCAUGGAUUUGGAUGUUAUAUUAUAUAUCCAAGAAAGGAAUUCAUUGCUUGUUAACGUUUAUCAAAAAACACAACAGAAAAAAUAUUGAUUUUGUUUUA